ACCUCCCCAAUCUUCCAUUAUUUACUCAAAUUUUCCAUCACGCUGAAACACAAUCUAAACAGAUACCUGCAAUCAUUGAUGUCAAAGCUGGAACAUCCCAUUCUUAUCGUCAUCUAGUUUCAGAUAUAAUAGAAUUAAGAAAACAAUUGUUAAAAAAUGCGGGUACAUCUAUUGAAGAUUUAAAUGAGGCACGGGUUGCUUUUUUAUGUCCAAAUGGAUAUGAUUAUGUCGUAUCUCAAUGGUCAGUCUGGUCUGCUGGUGGAAUUGCAGUUCCAUUAUGCAUAACACAUCCACCAUCUGAACUUUUAUACGUUCUGAAUGAUUCUCAGUCAACAAUAAUGAUUGCACAUUCAGAUUUUCAAGAAAAAGUAAAUAAUAUUGCUCGUGAAGCAGGUAUUAAAAAGGUUAUCAUAGUCUGUGAUAAAGAUAAAAAAUAUAGUCAAUAUGAUGGUACCAAUUUUAAACCUCCAUCAUUGAUUCCAAUGGAUGAUUCACGUCGUGCAAUGAUAAUUUACACUAGUGGAACAACUGGAAAACCAAAGGGUGUAGUAACAACUCAUGCAAACAUUAAUGCUCAAGUUAAAUCUCUUGUUGAUGCAUGGAGAUGGAAUGAUAAAGAUAAAAUUUUACAUGUAUUACCUUUACAUCAUUUACAUGGUAUUCUUAAUGCAUUAACUUGUGGACUCUAUGCAGGUGCCACUAUUGAAAUGAUACCAAAAUUUGAUGCUGCCGCUGUAUGGAAUAGAUGGAUGAAACCAGAUAAUGACCUUUCACUUUUCAUGGCAUUUAGAUUAAUGGUUUCUGGAUCAUCAGCACUACCUACUCCUAUUAGAAAUUCUUGGAAAGAAAUUAGUAAUGGAGUUGUGUUAUUAGAAAGAUAUGGAAUGACUGAGAUAGGAAUGGC